GUUGUGGUUACUAAGGCGACGCCAAGCCGCCGGCCAGGUGAGCGGAACCCGCGCUUUCGCUCUGCGGGGCAAGCGCUUCCCACGUGCCCUUGGGCUCCCUUCACAUCCUGGGUCUCCUCGAGGGGUUCCCAGGGGCCCGUCUCCUGGUCUCGGGCUAUUCCCUGCCCCCCAGGAACCCCAGCUCCUCAGUCUCAGAGCCGUUCCCAGUGCCGCCUCCUGUGAUGUCCUCCCUCAACGGAAGCCGCGCCCAGAAGAUGAGGCUGCCUUUGUUUACACAAAAGGGACAGCUGGAGGUGCCCACCCCGUCCGAGAAGGACUGGUCGAAGGAUGAUGAAGAGAGUUAUGUCUUCAAGGAUCCACACCAGCAGCUGGAUUCCCUGCCUCAGCCGUAUCGAAUGAUCAACAAGCUGGUGAACCUUCUGUUCGACCGGGCGUGGGAAAUUAUUGAGGAGAGGGACGCGCUGAGGGAGGUGGAGCUCAGCCGGGUCCGGCCCACCGUCUACCCUCCAAUUUUAGAAAGCAAGCUCAGCAAAAGGCCAAGAUGCCUAGCGGUUUCCCAAGACUAUGUGUUUAUUGCAGGAGCCAAAGGCUUCUCCAUCUACAAUCUGCACGAUGCUAAACAAAUCUAUGUUUACGAGAAAUUUAAGGCCGAGGUCAUGUCCAUCUGGGCCACAGACCUGGGGAAUGAAACGCUUAUGGCUCCUGUGGAUGAAAUGGGUACUUGUUCUUCAUCUUCCUUUAGCCUCAUUUACGUGCACCGCCCAGGGGUAUUUCUUGUGAAAUCAACAAAAUCAACUGAUGACACCAACAAGCAAACCAUCUGCCUGAAGAUGGACAUUUCUCACGGAGGGGACUUUGCAGCCUUCCUCCUACAAGGGGCUGGAGACACAUGGCUGGACGUGUACAAGUUGCCCAAGGAGGCUUGGGUCAAGGAAGUGGAACACCCCCAACUGGCUGUGAACCCAAAGAAAAAAACCAAACAGCUCCAAGCGGUAGGAAGCCCGCCUUUAACCGCGGCGUCUCUCCCUCCCCUGGAUGGCAGCACCUGUUGUCUGGUGGAGUUUAAGUUGAGUAUUCCAGUCCAUGUAAUGAAGAUCAAGCCACCCAAACCCAUUACAGGCCACCUAUUUAAGAGCCCCCUGGAAGUGUUUGCAAAGAUGGAGGGCUGCUACGGGCUGGGCUCCGGCCAGAACCACAUCAUCAAGGACAGUCAGUGGGAGCAGCACACGGCCGUCUUCAACGCCACCUACAGGAAGUACCUGGACGGGGAGUGGGAGGAGGAGCCGCUCAGUAUGGCCACGUUCCACUUCCUUUUCCAUAGCUGCCUAACUGUGAUGCCAGCAGAGGUCAAGAGCCCCCCAGGGGUGGCCAGUGUCCUCGGCGUGCACUGGACGGGCCGGCACAACUUCUUCCUCUAUUCACUCAACCGCAACCUGAAGGACAGAGUUGACCCCGAGGGCGUGUGGCCUUGUGCCGCACCCAUUGUCUUGUCUCAGCUCAGCGACUGCGGCUCCUACCUGGUGCUGGCCUGCGAGGACGGGGUGCUCACGCUGUGGGACCUGGCCGAAGGACUGCCUCUUGGGGUCAUCGCUCUUCCCGAGGGGUGUUCCUGCCAAAGCAUUCACUUCCUGAAACACAGCUUGAUCCACGAAGGGCGGAACGUGUACCCUGAGGGGCCGGCCAAGUCCCAGACGACCUGCGUGGUGCUGUGCACGGACUCGUCCCUCCACCUGGUGACCGCCGUGGGGACCCAGGGCCCCACCGUCAGCAUGCUGGUGGAGAGGCCCAUCAAGCACCCGGAGGAGGCUCUCUGCGCCGUGGCCCCCGUCCCGGCCUUGCCCGGCAUGGUGCUGACCUUCUGCAGGAACGGCUCCGUGCUCCUGCUGGACGUGGCCCGGCCUCACGUCGUCUGUGCCUUCGCGCCCCCCAGGCCUUACCACCUGGCGGUGCCCUGGAAGCCGGUGUUUGCCGUGUCUUCGCAACACCCGUUCUUCCUGCUCCGAGGAGACCAUCCGAUUGGGGACAGUGACACCCCGAGUUCUGUCUUCUACUUCAGUUUCGACGCCUGCUCACUCCUGGAGAACAUGUCAAACAGCUGCUGCAUUCCCCAAGCGGACUUGGACGCCGCGGGCUUCCCCCAGGCGUUGUCCCUGGAGAGGAGAUGCGAGGGCAUCUUCCAGAAGAGGUGUCAGAAGCUGGAGAACAAGGUGAAGGAGAAGGAGCAUUGGACCCGGCUGCGGAGGUACUCGCUGUUUCUGCAGAGAGAGAGCAUCAGGAAGUGACCAGGCCACGCCCCGAGGUGAAGAGACGAAGGGCCCAGGGGCCUGGACUUGGGGCCUGGGCCCCCGCAGAGCCAGCAGGGGGAGAGGGACUGUUUGGGGGGUUUCAGUCACGAUGCCGACUGUCAGAGCCC